UUAAAAAAAACACACAUGGAAGAAAUACACUGUAGCUGCUGUGAAAAGUGAAAACCACUUCCUUCAUAAAGAAGAUCACGGCGGCUCCCCAGUUUCCAAUCACCCCGGAACCCUGGAAAUCCAAAUUGAAGAUCAAUCAAUUGCAAUCUGAAAACCCAAAAUCGCAGUAUAUACCGAUUCCUUGCGGACAAUCUGGUUCCGAAUUAAUCCAUUUCCGUUCAAUUCAUCAUCAUCAUCAUCAUCAUCCCAAUCAAUGACAUGAAACCCCCAGUUUCAGAUCUGGCCGGAACAGAUUGCGGUGAUUAUUGCGCCGGGGGGACUGUUCGGUUCGUGUUGCGGAAUCGGAGCUCGGAAUGGGAGUGAGGGACUCGAUCAAUAGAACCCUAGUAUGCUUCCUGGUGUUUGGGGUUUUUCUAGUAGGGACUUUGAUUUACAACGGAACGAUCGAUUACAGGUCGAGAUUCGUGAUAUUCGAGUCCCCGGUGCGGGAGGACGCUCCCGGUUGUCCUGCCGCCGGGGAGCCUCUGAGGGUGUUCAUGUACGAUCUGGAGGCCAAGUACAAUGUGGGGCUGAUGAAAGGCGGCCAUGUCAGUGGGAAGCCGGUGACCGUGUCUACUCUGCCGCUGUGGCCGGAGAGUAAUACAGGGCUGAGGAGGCAACACAGCGUGGAGUAUUGGAUGCUGGCGUCGCUGUUGCACGGAGGUGAUGGGGAGAAGGAUGAAGAAGCCAUGGAGUUUGUUAGAGUUUCUGAUCCUGACUCUGCAGAUGUGUUCUUCGUGCCAUUCUUUUCUUCCAUGAGCUACAAUACAUAUGUCAGGCAUGGUGAUUAUUCAGAGGAGAAGUUUGAUGUCCAGUUGCAGGCUGAAAUUGUUGAAUUCCUUAGGAAUUCCAAAUAUUGGAAGCAAUCUGGUGGUAGGGAUCAUGUCAUUCCCUUGCAUCAUCCAAAUGCCUUCAAGUUUCACAAAGCUCAGGUUAAAAAAGCUAUUUGGGUUGUAGCCGAUUUUGGUCGUGCAGACAGAAAUUUAUCGAAUCUGCGUAAAGAUGUCGUAGCGCCAUAUGUACAUGUGGUUGAAUCAUUUCUCGAUGAUGACCCUCCAGACCCGUUUGAGUCUCGCCCCACACUUCUCUUUUUCCGAGGGAGGACAGUUAGGAAAGACGAUGGAAGAGAUCGUUUGAGAUUGCAAAAAAUAUUAGCUGGUGAAAGGGAUGUCGUGUUCCAAGGAAGUGAAGAUGUGACAAAUAUUGGCAUACAAAAUUCCACCAAGGGAAUGCGCUUAUCAAAGUUCUGCCUGCAUCCUGCCGGAGACACUCCAUCGUCGUGUCGCCUUUUUGAUGCUAUUGUGAGCCAUUGCGUUCCUGUAAUAGUAAGUGACAAAAUUGAGCUCCCAUACGAAGACGAGAUCGACUACAGUAAGUUCUCUAUCUUUGUCUCGCGCGAGGAUGCCAAGAAAGAAGGCUUUAUACUGAAGCAGCUAAGAAACAUUUCGAAAACACGAUGGCUCGAGAUGUGGAGGCUGCUUAAGAGCAUCUCCCACCACUUUGAGUUUCAGUACCCUCCCAAGAAGGGCGACGCGGUCAGUAUGCUCUGGAGGCAGGUUAGGCACAAGCUUCCUGCUGCAAAUCUUGAUGUACAUAGAAGCAAGAGGUUAAAGGUCCCUGAUCCAUGGUGGAGAUAGUUUUUUUAACCAUCCUUUUAUUGGCCUUGGUUGAGAACAACGUUUCAAUCAGCAUUAGCGUUUUGGAUGAUUUUUUAAUGGCACAGAUUAACUUUGAAACCAUCGGAGCUAAACGCUGCCAUUAGACAGUCUUUUCAAAACGUUAAAGCUAAAUGCUAAAGCUGUUAGUCCCAACACGCGAAGCCGUACACGGCCACAGAAGAAUUUCCUUAUUAUUACAAGAUUUUUGUUCCAACGGUUACAUCUGGGUCGCGCUUCAUUGAGCUUUGAUGAAGGAACAUAGCAGCAGAGUGAGUUUUUUUUAUCGGGCUUCGGGCUUUCUACAAGCAAUAGAAGUGCAUCUUCUAGUUGUGGUUCCUGGCAGUCUUCAUUCUUGGAAUAGGGCAUUAUGGGAAAGUGUGUGUGAAGGUGCAAUAAGAGGUGAGUCCUACAGUUUAUGUAAUGAAAAAUAUGUGGACCCCAUAAUGAGCAUGCACGUUGAUAGUAUGGAUCAUCGUGAUGUCAUCACCCGAUAAAAUGAUCUCAUCUUGAUCGUCCAUACUAUCAACAUGCUUGUUAUGGAGUAUAUGUUUUUCGGUUUAUGUAACAACAUUUGUACCACUCAAAUUUAUGUGAUUUGUGGAUAGGGGAGAUGAGAAGAAAGGUGAUGAUAAUAGCAGAAAAAAAAAGGGAAAAUAAGUAGGGAGUAUUUUUUUUUUUAAAAAAGUUUGGUAUUAUAU